AUGGGCACCAUCGCCGGGUCUGCGAUCGAUUUAGACGUGCUCUACCUCGCGCCGGUUGGGGAGAAUAAUAACAACAAUAACAACACAUCUUCCUCCUCGCGUCCGUCUUCUCGUCUCGCGAACGCGCAACCUUCUUCUUCGUCCCCGACGACAAAGACGAAUGCUUUUAAUAACGCUGCCGGGGAAAACACCAACAAGGAAGGGAACGUAACCGUCGUCGUCGACGCGGGGACGAGUGAUGAUCAUCAGACGACGAGCGACGGUAUAGACGACCUCAAUAAAAAACGUCCUCCUCCUUUCUUUCGAUGUCAAAAGUGUAAAGUGCCUUUAGAGUUUUACGAGGAGAAAGAAGAGGAGAAAGAGGAGGACCGAGAUCGAGCGAAGCGUAUCGCGGAUACGAGUGGGAAGUUGAAGGUGACAGCUGGCGAGAAGCAGUUUCGAGAUUUUUUGUUGGAAGAAAAAGAAGAAGAAGAAAUUGUAAACGAAGAGGAGCAAGACGAGAGUAACGAGACCGACGACGCCAAAGCGGCGUCUUCGUACGUGCACUUGCCGACGUCGGUGCAAAGAACGAAAACGUCGGACGCGCUGAAAGCGGCGGGGCAAACAGCCGCGACGCUCUCGAGAAUAUUCGACAUCGCGAGCGAGAAAACGAAGCAGGACUUCCCCCUGUGCGAAACGUGUGCGAAAGAAGUAGAGGUGAAUAUGGACAAGAUGUGCGAGGAUUUGGAGGAGGAGUGCGAGAAGUACGAGAGGGCGAUUGCGAGUUUAGAUUUGAGCAAAGGCGGCGGUGGUCAAAACGGGAAGGAAAGAGAGGAAGAGGGAGCGAAGAAGAAGAAACAAGAGCGAUUGGAAGAACUCGAACUCGAACUCGAACGAGCGUUUGAGAGAGAUAAAGCGAUAGAGUUAGAGGUUGAGAAAUUAGAAUUAGAGCUGGAAAAACAGAAAGUGCGGAAAAGAGCGUUGCAACGCAACGCGGCGCGAGUGAAGAAGGCUGAGUUUGAAAUUUGGCACGAGGUGAACCAGUUUGAAAUCGACGCUAAAUCUUUGAAAGAAGAACGAGACGCGUUGGAAACCAAACUGGAACGCGCUUCGACGCAAUUAGACUUACUAAGACGAACGAACGUAUACAACGAUGCCUUUCACAUUUGGCACGACGGACCAUUUGGGACCAUCAACGGAUUUCGAUUAGGCCGCACGUCCACGGUGCCGGUGGAAUGGGACGAAAUCAACGCCGCGUGGGGGAUGGCCACGUUACUCUUACAAUCGCUCGCUAACGCGAUGAAGAUAGAAUUCCGUUCACACGCAUUGCGCCCGAUGGGGUCGUUUCCAGCGGUGUGCGAAAUCAACGCCAAUACGAACACGGUGUCGCAGUGUUACGAUUUGUUCGGUCCUGUGAACAUCAUGACCAGUCACAAGUACGAUCGCGCCAUUUGUGGUUUCCUGGCGUGUUUGGACGAACUCGGUAGGUAUUUCGCGGAAAGAGAUUUUGAGAUGGGCGUAGAACCAGUGUUUCGGUACCCGUACUCGAUCGAGGCGGACAAAGUAGACGGGAAGAAAGUUACGUUUACAUUCAAUAGAGACGAAAAAUGGACGGCGGCUUUAAAGUUGGUUUUAACUGAUUUGAAAAUGGCCGUCAGUUACGUCGCGUCCCGUAACGGUUAA